GGAAACAUGUCUGGCUCAAACAACCUUUCAACUCCGUUAUCCGCUGAGGUCAUUUCCUCCACGUGGCUUGGUACAUUGAUUUCCGACCUAUCCAGCCCCACUUUCUCUCUCAAAAACUCCUUUACCGAUGAUAGCUACUGGCGGGAUCUCUUGGCAUUCACUCCUGAUUUUCGCACUAUACACACACUUCCCGAGAUCCAGCAUUGUUUCUCCAUUCCCGUUGCUGACGCGCGACCAAGUCAGUUUCGGAUCUUACCUGGUGUUCAUCAUCGGUGCACUGGUCCUGGAAAAUCAUUCGUCCAAGGAAUUAUUCAAUUUCAGACGGCGAUCGCAGAGUGCACUGGCGUCUUCACUCUUGUUCAAAGUGACGACUCCUGGAAGGCUUGGUCCUUUGUGACCAUGAUGGAUCGUUUACUUGGAGUGGCAGAUCGCGUUAAUGCCAGUCAAACGCCCCUGUGCAGCCCACCUGAGUGGAAGACUGUAAUGGAAUACACAGCGGUCAUCGUUGGUGCAGGUCAGUGCGGCUUAUCCAUUGCUGCCCGUCUGGAGAACCUCGGCGUCUCUACUCUCGUCGUGGAGAAACGUAGCGUAUUGGGUGAUAGUUGGCGCUCUCGAUACGAGGCGCUGGAGACAAAUACAUCCAGAGCGUUCAAUCAUCUUCCUUUCGUCCCGUUCCCGGAGAGAUAUGGGGAGUAUAUCCUCAGCACCGAUGUUGCCGAAUAUCUUGAAAAUUACCAGAGGACUCUCGGUCUUCACGUGUUGACUUCGGCGUGCGUUUCUGCUGCUUCAUACGAUUUUUUGACAGAUACCUGGACGAUCUCUGUAUCUCUUUCGGACCGAUCCUCUAUGACUGUGACGGCCCGGCACCUGAUUGCGGCCACAGGUGUCGGCACGUUGGGAGGUACAAUCCCGUUUAUGCCACCUAUUCCAGGCAAGAACUCCUUCCUGGGAAAUAUUCUCCAUUCAAGCGAAUAUACGUCCUCCCGCUGCGGCAGUGCACGGAAGGCGGCGGUUAUCGGCGCAGGAUGCUCUGCGCACGAUAUUGCUCAAGACUUGACGAAAAACGGGUCGCGAACGGUACUUGUGCAGCGUUCGCCAACCGCUGUUGUCAGUCGGCAGGUGCUGAGUCGUUCGUUCCCAGGUUUUUUUGGGCAGGAUAUCCUUUCGACAGAUAUCGCCGACCGCUUCUACGUCGCUCUCCCUUUGCCGGCUCUACAAACUUUCCAGCAUGACAUUAUGGAGAGCAAUGCCCACAUUGACCGAGACCUCAGGGAUGAUUUGUCCCGUCAAGGUUAUCUCCUUCCCGGCCCUGGGGACAACUUCUUAAACCGUCUCCUCAUUCGUCGGGGCGGCUACUAUAUUGAUCGGGGUUGCGCAAAGCUUAUCACUUCUGGCCAGAUCGCCGUCAAGUCUGGGCUUGAGAUUUCCUGCUUCACACCUUCUGGCUUGGUAUUCGAUGAUGGCUCGCAAGUGGAAGCUGACCUUGUCAUUCUCGCGACUGGCUACACGAGCUCUACAAUUAAAGAAGUCGCCGAGAGCCUUUUUGGGCCCACGGUUGCGGAUACUGUCCAUGACCUUGGAGCACGGGAUAGUAAUUUGGAGUUUGCAGGGAUUUGGAGGUCAUCUGGACACAAAGGUCUUUGGUUUGCGGAGGGCGAUCUGUUCUCUGCACGCUUCUACUCCCAGCGCCUCGCAUUACAGAUAAAGAUGAGGGAGAUGGAAUUGCUUGGUCCAGACCAGAGUACCUAUAUAUCAAGCUGAUCUGUGUGUUCACAAGCUGUAUGGUGCCUCGUUCACAGAGUCCGCUGUGUAUAUCGAUUGACGUAGUGUGAGUAAAUUUGGAUAGUACAUAGACCUGUAUUGAACUCCCGCUAUGCCACUAGUAGUGUGGCUUUAGCCUAGAGCUUCCAUUAUCUAAUAUAAUUUAUGUCUGCCUAGAUAGUGUAAUAGGCAGGGUCAUCUGGUCGU